AGGGGGCAUGCAUAAAAGUGUCCUUAAAGGAACAUACACGUGUCGCUGUUCUAAUCAUCAACCGUACUUUUCACUGUUCAUUCCCAAACAGGUGUUCCAUCCCGCCAUAAGCUUGCCAAGGUGGACGAGUUACAACCCGCUUUCUCUUGCCGUCCAAUUUCUCGAUAUUCCCUAUAUCUCGCCGGACCGCUCUCCCCUCCUCUUCUUUGUCGGAGUUCUUUCGCCGGCUAUCCAAUGGAUUACGGCGAUCCAACGCCGGAGGACAGCUUCUCGCGCUGCCCCAAGUGCCGUGCGGCUGUCUCUUAUUCUGAGCCUUCUGAUCGAAGGUCGGAGGAGGAAUUGAGGAGGGCGAUCCGGCGGUGCACGGAGGCGGCCGGGAAGGGGUUUGCGAUUGGGGCUGGACUUAAGGGUGGCCUUGCCCUCUUUUCGAUUCUCGCUCGGUUGAAAAGCCGUAGGACCUCUGGAUCUGUGACAAGGAAGGUUGGAUCGCUCACGAACUCAGAGGCGAUUGUGAUUGCAGUGAAAGAGACGUUGAGAUAUGGGUUGUUUUUGGGGGUUUUUGCGGGGACGUUUGCUUCAGUGGAUGAGCUUAUUGGCACCAUUGGAGGGCGCAAGAGGACUGCUGGCUGGAGGUCAAUGCUAGCUGGAGCAAUAGCUGGUCCGUCUAUGCUUUUGACUGGACCAAAAACUCAGCACACUAGUUUGGCUAUCUACAUCUUCAUGCGGGCUGCUGUACUAGCAGCACGUUGUGGUAUAAAGAGCAAGAGACUUGGAAAAAUUUGUAAACCUUUAACUUGGAAGCAUGGUGAUACAUUCCUUAUGUGUCUCUCAUCAUCACAAAUUUUGUCUGCUUAUAUUUUGAAGCAGGACAGCUUACCAUCAUCCUAUAAGUCAUUUCUCAACAAGCAUGGAGGAAAGGAUCUUGUUAUUCUGCAGGGCAUCAAAGAUAUAGCAAGCGGCAUGCCUUUCACCAAUUUGCUGGAGGUGGAGAAGUAUUAUAAGUCUGUUGGUGUUGACAUAAAACUAGACCCGAACAUGAAGGUGCCCUGUUCGAUUGUACACGGCAAUCAAUCCUGUACUGGCCAUGUUCUUUCUUUUCUUUUUCAAGCAUAUGGAAGAGCAUUGCCCGUAUAUGUUCCAGUGUACUUAAUUCCUGCACUGAUUGUUCAUCGUCAGGGCCUCUUGAAAAGGCCAUACACUAUACUUGGAAAGAGUCUUCUUGGAACUGCAAGAUCUAGCUUGUUUCUCUCUGCAUACUGUGCGUCAGCAUGGGCCUGGACAUGCUUACUUUUUAGGCUUCUUGAGAGAUGCAACAUACCCAUGGUUGCAAUGGGGACGUUCCUGACUGGCCUGGCACUGUUGAUUGAAAAGAAAAGCCGAAGAAUAGAGAUAUCUUUAUACUGUCUAGCGCGAGCUAUAGAGAGUUUCUUUACUUGCAUGGCCGAUGCUGGCCUUUGUCCUCAGGCUUCUAAAUUGAAGCGAUCCGAUGUUCUCGUGUUUAGCUUAGCUACAUCCAUAAUCAUGCACUGCUAUGCACAGGAAAGGGAUGUUUUCCGCUCGAAAUACCUAAAUGUGCUUGACUGGGUGUUUGGCAUUCCGCCACCAUGCGACAGCAAUGAACUCGAGAAAUGUCAAUGUUAACAGCAAUUUUGAA